AUGCUAGCGAAUGUUAAACAAGUGACAACAGCCUUUUGCCUGCAUUUAUUCAAGGUCAUCGCCAGGAAAGUACAGCCGUUAAGCGUCGUACUAAACAGCCUUGGCGUUGAAAACGACCGAGAAGAUAACGAAAUUCUUGGUGGUUGCGCCGACUACAUCCUCAAUCAUUGCAGAAGUCUCAAAGAACUGGAGCUGUGCCAUCUAAGUCUGUCAUCAUCCGACGACUUCCCAGAAGGCGACGAAUUGUUUAUGGAUGAUUUGCUCGUAUAUGAGUGCUCAAUGUCCCACACUUUUCUGAUGGUAGAUAAAAUGAUUCUUUAUAGAGACUAUAUCCUAACCCGGAGACGUGGAUUUGAUAUGCCAAAUACUGUCGUUGAGACCCUUCACUUAUUUGACAUUGCCACAGGUUGCGUAUUGAAGAUUCAGGCUGGCUUGGGCAAAACUUAUCGCUAUCGCUAUGGUUAUGAUUAUGCAGUUGAUGAAAAGUAUGAAAAGCUGACAAAAGCUGACAAAAGCUGA